UUUCCGCUAUUUUGCUGGCGAUGGAGGGCAGAGCAGACGUGUACAGUUCUCGCCUGUGACCCGCUCUCCGCCACCCGGAAGGAGAAGUGCUGCAUCCGGAUUAAGAUGGCGCCUCCCACGCCACUCUUGGCAGUACGAGGAUCUGAAGGACUCUAUAUGUUGCAUGGGCCACCUCAUUUUACAGAGCAUACAACAUUUCAAAGAGAUUCUGGGAAAAAUGCUAAAGUGUUUGCUUUCAGCAGAGAUGGAUCUCUUUUUGCAUGGGGCAAUGGAGAAAAAGUAAACAUUGUAAAUGUCACCAACCACAAUCUGCUGCAUUCUUUUGAUCUGCCAAAGGCAGUUUGCCUUGAAUUCUCUCCAAAGAGCAGCGUCCUGGUGACAUGGCAGCCCUAUGCAACUGCAAAAGAUGGAGCAGGGGAACCCAACCUUCAACUUUUCAGUGUAAAAAAUGGAAAAUGCUUGAAGUCAUUCAUUCAGAAAAAGUCACAGAACUGGUGUCCUUGCUGGUCAGAUGAUGAAAGCCUGUGUACCAGGAGUGUUAACAAUGAACUUCAUUUCUUUGAAAACAACAACUUCAGUACAAUUGCAAAUAAACUUCAUCUGCAGAAAAUCAAUGAUUUUGUGUUAUCACCAGGAGAUCAGCCAACCAAGGUUGCUGUCUAUGUUCCCGGAAGCAAAGGGGCCCCAUCUUUUGUAAGGCUUUACCAAUACCCUAACUUUGGAGGCCCACAGUCUGCACUGGCAAACAAAAGUUUCUUUAAAGCUGAUAAGGUGACAAUGCUGUGGAACAGCAAAGCCACUGCAAUGCUUGUAAUAGCUAGUACAGAAGUUGAUAAAACAGGAGCAUCUUAUUAUGGAGAACAAACUCUACAUUACAUAGCAACUAAUGGGGAAACAGCUGUCGUACAACUACCAAAAAAUGGUCCAAUUUAUGAUGCAGCCUGGAAUCCCAAUGCCACAGAGUUCUGCGUUGUGUAUGGUUUUAUGCCUGCCAAAUCUACUGUCUUCAAUCUAAAAUGUGAUCCUGUGUUUGACUUUGGCACUGGCCCCCACAAUGCUGUCUACUACAGUCCUCAAGGACAUAUCUUAGUAUUAGCUGGAUUUGGGAAUCUUAGUGGACAACUUGAUGUGUGGGAUGUUAAAAACUACAAACUUAUUUCCAAACCACAGGCCUCUGAUUCUACGUAUUUUGCCUGGUGCCCUGAUGGGGAACAUAUUGUAACAGCUACAUGUUCUCCAAGGCUACGAGUUGGGAAUGGAUUCAAGAUCUGGCAUUAUACUGGCUCUGUCUUAUACAGAUAUGAAGUUCAGCAAAAUGCAGAACUCUGGCAAGUUAUUUGGCAGCCCUUUUUGGACGGAGUAUUUCCAGCAAAGGCAGUAGUGUACCCUGCUGUUCCAAGGAAAGUGUUAAAUGAGGAACCAAAGGCUGCCCAAGCUUAUAGACCCCCAGCUCUGAGAAACAAACCUGUCACUAGUUCUAAACUUCAUGAGGAUGAGCCACCCCAGAACAUGAGACCACAGUCAAAAAGUGGUGAUAAGCCAUUAUCUAAAACAGCACUUAAAAAUCAAAAGAAGCAUGAGGCCAAGAAAGUGGCUAAACAGGAGGCGAGAGCUAAAGGGAACCAGGAAAUCACCCCAGCUCCUCCAGGACAGAAUGAAUGUAGCAAUACAAUAUCCUCUGAAACAUCAGGAGAUCCUGAGCUGGAGAAGAAGAUAAAAAAUCUGAAAAAGAAACUCAAAGCAAUUGAACAUCUGAAAGACCAGGCUGCUGCAGGUAAACAGCUAGAGAAAAAUCAGAUGGAGAAAAUUCAGAAAGAGGCUACCCUUCUAAAGGAAUUGGAAGACUUGGAACUGGGUGUUUGAGCUACAGAAAAUUAAAAUCACAGUUUUGUUCUGCGGAUUCAUUUAAAAAUAAACAACUAAAAAUGCUCACUUUUAUUAAUUCCCAUAUAGAUUAACUUUAUUUUUUUUCCCACCUAGUAUCUGAAGAAAUGUAAAAUAAUUAUAAUUCAAAGCUAAGUAAACCAGUUGCCUUGAUUCCAAGACAGUACUGCUGAAAUCCAAAAUAAAGUAUGCUGGAGCACCU